AUGGCACCAAAGAUGCAGCCUCCGUCUGAACCAACCUCCCUUUUGUGGGCCUACCAAAUCAAGCGUGAGCAUGGUCACAUCUCCGAUCGCCUGGCUCAACUCGAAGCAGCUAUCGGCCGCCUCGAAGCCCAAGCCACCGCGGAUCGAGACAGAGAGGCCGAAGUGACAGCCCUUUCGCAACAACUCCAUGCCUACACCGAAGAGAGCAGCAAGAAGAACGCCACCGCCGCCGACGAAGCCAUUCAGCAAGUCCGCAAAGACGUCUCUGAGCAAUUCGAGGACGUUAAGGGUCGCCUCGAGGCCAUCAUCACCAAGCUUGAUGCCGUUGACAGAGAUACUGCAGAUGCCGCUGCAAAGAAGAAGGAUGAGUUCAACCGCGAAGUUGACAUGCUGAAGAGGGUCAAGCGAGUCGAGGAGGAGAUUGAUCAAUAUCGAAACAGCCUCACCGCCCUUGGCAAGCAGCUGGACGAGCAGUGCGUACAGAUGGUUCAAGAACAGAUUAAGAAGCUGCUACAGGAGGCCAGAAACGCAGGAGAUGACCGCGAGAAGGUGAAGGAGAACUUGGAGAUGAUCGAAGAUGCUCUCGUAGCGCUCAAGGAGGAGAAGGAGAAGGUCUUGGCUGAGGUUCAAGAGACGACAGCCGCGCUGCACAAGACCGCAUCUGAGGCCACCACAGCAUCGAAUCUGUCCAUGGACAAUGCCCGUGACGCCUUGCUCAAAGCUGCUUCGAUCUCUUCCGCGACGACUGUAGAGGGCCAGCCAAAGAAAGCACGAGGCAAGCCAAACUCCGCCGUCGACGCCGACACCAAAUCCGACUCACCCAAGGUAUCACACUUUACGCAAGCCGCUGGAGGUUCGAAGAAAUCCUCAACGAAUGCAUGGGUCCAAGACCGCAUAUCACGUCGGUCAGACAGUCCCGUUGAGCCAGUCCGUGGCGUGCCACCCGAAGUUCGCACCAAGGAAGAGGACAGAGCGCUUAUGAAGCGUCUUCAUGACCUGAAGCGACUGUUGCCAAGUGUCGGUCCAUUCGAGCCAGGCGAGAAGGAGGCACAAGCACCCAAGGUCACGAAGCGCAAGAGAGCCUCGAAGCCCAAGACUGCCAGCCGCAAGAGAGUCGCAGCCAAGGCCACCGAAUCACAGAAGCAGAGUCUGAGAGACUCAGCUACUCCCAAGCCGGCCGAAGACCCAGAGUUCGAGAAGCGCGUGACGCGUCGCGGCAGAGGCUGGGUAGAAGUUGUAGAAACCGCCGACGACAAUCCUCUCCUCCCCCGCGGCAAUGAGUUGGCCACCAUCGCCGAAGAAGAGGAGCCAGCCGAGCCAGCUCGACGCUCGACGAGACGCCGCAAAAUCGAGCAAAACGACAACACCCAGGCUCGUGCGGUCUUUGGUGCUGUCGCGGCCCCAACUAAGUCCAAGAAGCGCAAGGCCGACGCCGACCUCAUCGACGAGACCAUCGACGUCGAUGCCCCGAGGGCAACUCGCCGCAGCGUUCCGCCGAAGAAGCUCACGGCUGAGCCAACGGAGGAAGAUCGCCCGGUCAAGCGUAAGAGGACCAUCAAGCAGAAGGACGAUUUUCCCUUUUGA